AUGGCAAAAAGCUCACGACCGCCGCUCCAAAGUCCGACGCCGCACCCAGGCCAUUGCCUCACUCACUCACAUAGGAAAGUUUUUCCUACUAUUUACGCGCUAACAGACUCACUUUCAUCCAUCCCCUCCCCUCUAGUCAGUCUUGGAAUGAAACGUGCCAAACCAGUCAAUCAUUUGGUCAUUGUACCCUGUCACGGUAUAUGGAAAGGCGGCGAUCCAUACCAACGGGAAUCGUGGCACUUGGCUCCGUUCCAAAUACAAGGAAAUGACCACUUGUGUUUCAUAGAGCAUCUUCAGCUAGCAUUUGACGAGACAGCCAAGGACCCCAGCGCAUGUAUGGUUAUCUCUGGCGGUGAAACUAAACAAGAAGCGGGUCCAGUAGCUGAAGCGACCUCGUACUUUCAAUUGCUCGAGAAAAUGGUGCCUGGCCCACAAAAGCACCGCCGCAUCAUCUUGGAGAACCGGGUCACGACGGAGGUUCACGCACGAGAUUCGUUUGAAAACGUCAUCUACUCAAUAUGUCGAUUCUACGAGCUUUUUCAAACUUAUCCCACGAGAAUCACCAUUGUGGGAUUCGAGUUCAAGCGACACAGGUUUCUCAACCUCCAUUUGGCCACGGCGUUGGGAUUGGACAAGGAGAAAAUCGUAUACUUGGGAAAUGCGCCCAGUCCUAGUGGACUCACCUCCGAGGAAACACUCGUGUAUUUCAAAGACAUUGACGCCAAUGAAAAAGCCCAUGCGACGGACUUGUUUGCUCGCGACUGGUAUGGCACCCGGGAAAGUUUGCGAGCGAAAAAAUUGAAGCGCAAUCCUUUUGCAAGACGUCAUCACUACGCAUCAUCGUGCCCCGAUCUCGCUCGGUUUCUAGAGGCAAUAGACGACGAAACAGAUUCUGAUAAAUCAAACGAAGAAAUACGAGAGUUGCUAAAAGAUGUUCCAUGGAGUCUUAACAACGAAAUUUAG